UUGCUCCACUUUCAUGCCUCUUCAGUGUCGGUUCUAUGAGAACCAAUUCCCUUCCUGUAAUGAGGUCGUGGUAGUUACUGUUAAAUCUAUAGAACCUAUGGGUAGUUAUGUUGAUCUUUUGGAGUACAAAAAUAUCGGUGGGUUAAUUUUACACAGUGAGCUUUCGCGGAGACGCAUACGAUCAUUGAAUAAACUUGUAAGAGUGGGAAAGAACGAAAUCGUUUUGGUUAUUAGAGUGGAUAGUAGUAAAGGUUACAUUGAUCUAUCGAAACGUCGUGUGGCACCAGAAGAGAUCUCAAAGUGCCAAGAAAGGUUUGCUAAAGCAAAGGCAGUAAACCAAAUCAUUCGGCACGUAGCAGAAAAACUUGGAUAUAAAAAAGAUGAGGAGCUUGAGGAGUUAUGUCGAAAUACGUGCUGGUACUUUGAUAGAAAAUAUGGCAAGAGUGGCGCUUCAUACGACGUAUUCAAAAAAGCUGUUACAAAUCCUUCAGUCCUAGAUGAGUGUUCCAUCGAAGAACCAGUAAAGGAACUUUUGCUGCAGGAUAUUCGUCACCGCCUCAUGCCUCAGGCUGUCAAAAUCAGAGCUGAUUUUGAAGUUUCAUGCUUUACCUAUGAAGGUAUAGAUGCUGUUAAAAGGGCAUUAAGAGCCGGUCUUUAUUUGUCUACUGAAGAAAUGCCAAUUAAGAUCAACUUAAUGGCACCACCUUUAUACGUUCUGACCGCUCAAACUUUAGAGUGGAACGAAGGCCUCGCUCAUUUAAACAACGUUCUUUCUGCUAUAAAGGUCUCAAUAGAAGAACAAAAGGGGACGUUUAAGAUACAACAGGCACCAAGGAUAGUUUCUGAUACUGACGAGGCUGAUCUACGUCGUCAUAUGGCAGAGCUUGAAGAGGCGAAUCGUGAAGUAUCAGGUGAUGAUGAUGAGGACGAAGGUGAAGAUGGAGAAGGGGAAGAAGAAGAAGAUGGGAGUGAGCCCGAGCAAGAAAACGAUACGGAUGUCGCUGCAAAAAUCAUUUGA